AUGGUUGGCAAGAGAUCAGUACUCAAGAGCAGACCUGCAGACGCUGCUGCGAAAGAUGUGACCAAGAUCCCCAACACGGACGGCUUUGACGGAGGGGCAUCGACAACGGCAAAACCGAAGACGGAGAAGCGGAUCCGGUGGCGGUCCGCUGAGUACGUGCGCGCGCUCGGCCUCAGCUGGCACAGCGAGCACCUGGUGUGCGAGCGGUGCGAGGCGCCGCUGUCCGGCCGCCAGUUUGCGCUCCGGCACCAGACCCCGCUCUGUCUGCCCUGCUACAGCGAGCCGCAGGUGGCCUACAAGGCGCUCCAGUGGCACCAGGCCUGCUUCGUGUGCUGCGUCUGUCACGUGCCGCUGGGCGCGCGCACCUUCCUGCCAAGGAGGCAGCGGCUCUACUGCCCGCGCUGCUACGAGGAGACGUUCGCGGCGCGCUGCCGCCGCUGCGACGGCACCAUCACCAGUCUGGGCGUCACCCGCCAGCAGCGGCCCUACUGCGCAGACUGCUACACUCGGCUCUUCGCCAAGCGCUGUGACAAGUGCCGCGGCCCUAUCGCACGCGAGCCGGGCACCCGAUACAGCGUCUUCCAGGAGCGCAGCUGGCACAACGCCUGCUUCACGUGCGCCACGUGCGGCACGUCGCUAGUUGGGCGCGGCUUCAUCGACGCCGACGGUGAGCUGCUGUGCGCCACCGCCGACUGCGCGCGGCGGCGACUGGUGGUCGACGGCCCUGACAUCUAG